AUGCGAGAUAUUGAUCCAUUAUUCCAAGCGAUGAGUUAUUAUCGUCGUCGAAAAUUUGAACAAUGUGUUGAAAUAACAAGUACUCUAUUAGAAAAAAAUCCAAAUGAUCAAGUUGCAUGGCUACUCAAAAUGCGUGCUUUAACUGAACAACUUUAUGUUGAUGAAACGGAAGUAGCCGAUGAUGGUCUUGCUGAUAUGUUAGAUGAUAAUGCUUUUCAUCAAACACCAAUGCCAGGUACAUCUAUGCGGCAACCAACAGCGAAUACUAAUGCUGGCAUGUCAGGGCCCAGUCCAGCAAUGAGACCAACAACGAUGGCAGGUCGGCCAAUAACUGGUAUGCUUCGAUUAAAUACUCAAUCAACACAAGGUGGUAAAAGUAUGGAAAAUGCAUUAAAAACUGCUCGUACAGCUGCUACAGCAAGACCUGUGACAACAGCAACCGGUCGUUUUGUACGAAUUGGAACUGCAUCCAUGUUGAGUACUCCAGAUGGUCCAUUUCUGCAAGUGGGUCGACUUAAUUUACCUAAAUAUGCACAAAAUCAAGCGAUCUCACGAUCACUAUUUGAACAUUUAUUUUAUCAUGCCAAUGAUGUUCGAGCGGCUCUUCAAUUAGCGACACAUGCUAAUGAAGUAUAUCAAAAUAAAGAUUGGUGGUGGUUGGCACAACUUGGUAAAUGCUACCAUCGUUUAGAUAUGAUUCGUGAUAGUGAAAAACAAUAUGUGAUUUCAUUAGAAAUACAACCUAUGGUUGAUACAUAUUUAUAUUUAUCUAGAAUCUAUCUUCGUCUUGAUCAACCAUUAUUAUCAAUAACUAAACUUCAAGAAGGAUUAGAAAAAUUUCCUUUUGAACCAUGUUUAAUUCAAGCAAUUGCACGCAUCCAUGAAGGACUUAAUGAUAUGACACAAAGUAUUGAGUAUUAUCGACAAGUACUUAAAUUAGAUAAUACAAAUAUUGAAGCUAUAGCAUGCAUAGCUGCUAAUCAUUUCUAUAAUGAACAACCUGAAAUAUCAUUAAAAUUCUAUCGUCGUCUUUUACAAAUGGGUGUAGCAACAUCAGCAAUAUUUACAAAUAUAGCAUUAUGCUGUUUUCAUGCUCAACAAUAUGAUAUGAUUGUUGCUUGUUUUCUAAAAGCAUUAGGGUGUGCUACGUCCGAUGAUGAACGUGCUGAAAUUUGGUAUAAUAUCGGUGAAAUGGCAUUAUACACAACAGAUAUUAAUCUUGCUAUACAAUGUUUUCGUUUGGCACUUGUUCACAAUAAUGAUCAUGCUGAAGCCUAUAAUAAUUUAGGUUUAGUCGAAUUACAAAGAGAUAAUAAUGAAAUAGGUCAAAUCUAUUUACAAACAGCUCAAAGUCUUGCGCCACAUAUGUUUGAACCUUAUUAUAAUUAUGGUAAAUCGAUGUAUGAGCAAGGUGACUUACAAAGUAGUUUUCGUGCUAUUAAAAGUUCACUUGAUAUUUAUAAAAAUCAUGCCGAUUCAAAACAUAUCUACGAGGAGCUGAGAAAAAUGUUUUCAGAAUUAUAA